CUCCAUUUGAUCGCAAGAAAGCCGAUGCCUGGUUGGGAAUCCCGAAUCCAUUCGGCUCACCACCUCUUCCUCUUCUUCGCGAAAGCUCUUCUGCUCUUGCCUCUCGAAAUCACACCGCCAUGAUUCCAUCCUUCUUCUUCUCCACCCAGCACCAGUCUCCCGCGCUUCUUGCUCUCCACGGUGCAGCAUUUCAGUCUUCGACACAUUGAUUUUCUUACAGAAUCUCUCUUCCAGUGUGAUGAAUGCUGAAGUAUUAGAACAGUUCGCCUGAUCUAUUUCCAAAAAGGGGGAUUUUAACUUCAAUCUUUGGGUGACUCUGCUCCUUCAACCUUCACAAUGUGGUGCUGUGGAGGGGCAGAAGAGGAGAGCUUUGGUCCACCAGCUAACCAGUAUACAGCUCCGCCUAACCGUCCAACUCCUGGCCACGAUAGGGAACCAAGAGGCCCCAAUAAUCCCAGGAGGGGAGCUCCGCAAGAGGCCCUUCCUAUUGAUUUACCUGCAAUAUCUUUGGCAGAGCUGAAGAAAUUAACCGGCGACUUUGGACAGAAAGCUCUUCUUGGUGAAGGUUCUUAUGGAAAGGUCUUCUUGGCCACUUUAAGCGGAGAACGUGUUGCAAUAAAGAAGUUAGAUCCUAGCGCAUCUCAAGAGAGCGAUUCAGAAUUUGCUUCUCAGUUAGCAAUGGUUUCAAGAUUGAAGCAUGAAUACUUUGUCCAGUUGUUGGGAUACUGUCUGGAGGCCAAUAAUCGAAUACUUAUCUAUCAGUACGCAACAAAAGGAUCCUUGCAUGAUGUAUUACAUGGAAGGAAAGGGGUGCAAGAUGCGGAACCUGGUCCUGUAUUGAGCUGGACGCAGCGAGUGAAAAUUGCUUAUGGUGCAGCUAGAGGUCUUGAAUAUCUCCAUGAAAAAGUCCAGCCUUCUAUAGUCCACCGGGACGUCAGGUCCAGCAACGUGCUUCUCUUUGAUGGCUUUGAAUCGAAAUUGGCCGAUUUCAGUUUAACGAACCAGUCUCCUGAUUCUGCUGCUCGUUUGCAUUCGACUCGUGUUCUAGGGACUUUUGGCUACCAUGCUCCAGAGUAUGCAAUGACAGGGCAGCUGACGCAGAAGAGUGAUGUGUAUAGUUUUGGUGUUGUCCUCUUAGAGCUUUUGACAGGAAGAAAGCCAGUAGACCAUACUAUGCCAAAAGGGCAGCAGAGUCUUGUAACCUGGGCAACUCCGCGGCUGAGUGAAGACAAAGUUAAACAGUGUGUAGAUCUUAAGCUGAACAAUGAUUAUCCACCAAAGGCUGUUGCCAAGUUGGCAGCAGUUGCAGCGCUGUGCGUUCAAUAUGAAGCUGAUUUCAGACCCAAUAUGACAAUAGUUGUUAAAGCUCUUCAACCUCUUCUCAACACAAGAGCUGGUCUAGAAAGCAAUGCUUGAUCCCAAGGACAUUUUUUUUUUAAUUUCUAUUAAUUGUUUUGAAUUGAUCAGGAUUGAAUCCUCUUCCUGUUACUGAUAUCAUUUCUUUGUUAAAACCCAUUGUUUGCAUUUUUUUGGUUAAAUUAUUGUAUAAUAUAGAAUUGAUGAAUUGUUAAGACCCAAUAUGUCAUAAGUUUAUUUUGUCAUU